AUGGAAUCCUUACGUGAACAGUCAUCACGCGAGCAAUACUUCCACCUUAGUCUAAAGGUAAUGCGCAAGCAGAAUCCGAUCAUAAACAAAAAUAACGCAACUAGCAACAAGGAAACAUCAGCCAAUCAAACAAUAAACACUUACAUGAAAGAAAUAUCCGAAAGCGAAUUACUAUCGAGUUCAACUUCCAAGGAUGUCACCGACAAUAUUUAUUUAGGCGCGACGUUUGACGGUUUUAUAAUAGUAACCAACGAAUCGGCACAAUAUGCACGCGAAGUAGGCGUUAAAGUUGAAUUGCAAACUACCUCACAACGUUUCUUGUUGCAUGACACUUUGGAAUAUGAUUCAAUUCCAAUAAUGGAACCGGGGAAACCACAUGAAUGCGCUGUAAAGCAUGAAAUUAAAGAGUUAGGUGUACACAAUAUAGUUUGCACAUUACAAUAUAUGGCAGACGAUGAAGAAAAAAAGUCGUUUCGUAAGUUUUAUAGGUUUCAGGUGCUAAAUCCUUUUGCCGUAAAAACAAAGGUUAACAACAUGAGUGAUGGAACGGUUUUUCUCGAGGUACAAAUACAGAAUGUCGCCGAGAGGUUUAUGUAUUUGGAAAGGAUGAAUUUCGAACCAGGUGAAAUUUUCAAUUACAAGGAUUUAAAUUACGUAGUGGAUGACGAAGUUGUUGAGGACAAAGAUAGGAAAAGUGAGGAAAAAAAAGGAGAAAUUAGAAACAAUGCUGGCAACGAUGAUGAUGAAUUUGGGGACUUUAUGAGUGGAGAUAAUAGAGAUUUAUUAUCGUUAACAGACAAUUCAGAUGAGAAGGUUGUGGAAAACAAUAGAGAUCCAUCGAAGGUGGAAGAAGCAGACGAUGAGAAGUCACAAAAUCAAAUCAAAGAAGGAAUUAUUCCAUUAGAACAGGAAAGUAUCUUUGGAAAUAAUAGUUUUUUAAAUCCGCAAGACAUUCGACAGUACUUGUAUAUGUUAAUACCAAAACCUGACGUAAACGAUCGCCUAGGUCGCACCACCAAUGCUCUUGGAAAAUUAGACAUAGUAUGGCGAUCUCAUCUUGGUGAGACUGGAAGAUUGCAAACAUCCCAGUUAACACGCAAACCAUCGUCGCUCGAUGAAAUUGAUUUUUCGGUAAAAUCGAUUCCAUCGCUUAUUCAACUUGAAGUUCCAUUUAAAUUAGGAUGUCGUAUAAGAAAUCGUACAACGGCAACUUUAAGAGUGGUGAUAUCAGCGAUAAAAAACAAGAUGGGAUCGGUGCUAUUGAGUGGAUCGAGCUCUAAGAUAUUGGGAGAAUUGGAACCUGACGGCACGAUAGAUUUCGAAUUGGAAUUUUUUCCGUUGAGCCCCGGAUUACAGAGGGUCGGGGGGUUAAAAGUUGCUGAUUUAAUAUCUGGAUAUACUAAAGAGAUUGAACAUCUCACAGAUGUUUUUGUGAUUUUUUCUUGA